GCCAAUAGCGCAGACUGCAGUUGUGAACGUUUGGUACUACUCCAGUCGUGACGGUCAGAGAAGGCUGUACUUGUUAAUGACAAAUCACAUGGACAUCUUACUCAGAGUACGCGUGAGAUAAUAAAUUUCGAAAAAGAAAAAAAAAACAUUUUAAUUGUGUAGAUAAAUAAAAACAAUAAAUAUACGUGUUACAGGUUUUUUUUACCCAACCGUUACUGGGUUAAGUGGAAAAAAGUUUUUUUUUCUUUUUGAGAAUCCAUGUUGUAACCGGCCAGUGAUAUUUGAACAAAAAAAAAAACCGUUGAUCGAGCGGUCGUUAAUCAGGAUAUAUAAAUAUAUAUAUAUAUAUAUAUACAUAUAUAUAUUAUAUAUUACAGACCGGUUGCGUUGACUUUUCCGAAAUGAACAAAAAAGAAAGGAUAUCCGGCCAAAUGGAGAACGGCAAUCCAAAGGAAACGGACAAAGAUUCGCCGAAAACGAAUUUUGGCUCGAAAAUAGCGUACACUUUGCAAAACGUCACUGUCGAACCGCUGUUGGGCAUCUUUCAAAUGGCCUCCAUCCUGUCGAACUUGACCACGCAGAAUCUGAACUUCCAAAAGGCAUGCCGGGUGAACCUGCAGCUCAACGACACCGUGUGCAACGCCCUGCAGCUGAAGAACGGCUCGGCGCAGUACAAGAACGGCUCGGAGCUGUACAAAGACGCGGAGACCAUGGUCCAAGUGUUGUCGGUCAACAUGAUGAUAUGGCAGAACGUCAUACAGAACCUGAUACCCUGCAUACUGGUCGUGUUCAUUGGGUCGUGGAGCGACCGUAACCAAAAACGUAAGCCGUUCAUGCUGUUGCCAAUACUCGGCGAGGUCAUACGCAACGCUGGCCUGUUGGUGUGCGUUUACUUCUUCUACGAACUGCCCAUGGAAGUCGCGGGCAUUAUCGAGUCGGUGCCGUCUUCGAUCACGGGCAGUUUGCCCGUACUGUUCAUGGCCGUGUUCGCCUACGUCGGCGACAUAAGUACGAUAGAAAACAGAACGUUCCGAGUGGGAAUGGUGUCUUUGUUUGCUUCUGUAAGUGUGCCGGUCGGAGCAGCGCUGUCCGGCAUCUUAUACAAGCAAUUAGGAUUUUAUGGAGUGUACAAUAUUACCUUGGCCUUGUACCUGUUUACCUUUGUAUAUGGAAUAUUAGUGAUCAAAGAGGAAAAGCAAAUUGUUAAAAAAGAAAAUGACGGUGUUUCCACGCAAAUACACGGGAAAAAAUCGUACUUGCUCAAAAUUUACGAGUUCUUUGAUCUAAAACACAUUCAAGAUGCAUUCUACACCACGUUUAAAGCCGAGAAAAACAACAGGAGACUUAAGAUUUCGUUGAUUAUGUUGGUUAUAGUCUUCGUCUUGGGACCACUAACCGCCGAACAACAGUUGACAUAUAUGUUGACAAGAAUCAAAUAUCAGUGGAAUGAAGUACACUAUAGUUUAUAUUCCACGUAUUACUUCAUCUGUAAUCUCAUAGGUAUUGGAUUCACUCUAACUGUUUUAGUCAAUUGGUUAAAAAUCGACGAUAGGUUAAUAGGAGCAAUGGGAUGUCUGAGUAAAGUCUUAGGUGCUUUCGUUUACGGUCUUGCGCCAAACCAGUAUAUAUUUUAUUUAGCUCCGCUUGUUGAUAUUUUCCACGGAACGUCCUUGAUAGCGAUAAGAUCGAUUCUAUCAAAAUUAGUACCAGCCAACGAACUUGGUAAAGUUUUAGCAAUAGUGUCACUAGUCGAAACCAUAGUUCCAGCAAUCUUCAGACCUAUGUUUAGUUUAAUCUAUAGUUCUACAUUGCAUACGUUACCAGGCACUUUCUAUAUUGUCGGAGGAAUAAUAGUUACGCCGAGUAUUUUCAUUUUCUUAUGGAUGUAUGGAGAACAUCUAAGAGAAGAACGGGAAAAAAAUGAGUUUUUAGAAGAGAAAGAGGCACUGAAGAAAUCGUAAAAAAAAAAACACUCGAGUAUUUUACCUAUACAGCUGUCAUAAAGCUGUACUGCUUGCACACGCACGUUACUACUAUGUUUAAAAUAUAUUAUUUUAACUAUAAUUCUUAUAUACAUUUAUUUAUUUUCGUUACUGAAUUUUUUCGCAACGAAUAUGUGAUUAUUUUUGUUACUUUUGUAACUAAUUGCAAUGUUAUUUAAUUAAACUGAUUAAUUAUUUAACUAAUACCUAUACAAAUUGUAUUUUAUUUAUAAUUAUUUAUUAGCAAAAAUGUUUACAUUAUAUUUUAAGAACACGGAUGUCUU